AUGCCUAUCAUUCCCAUCACUGCAAAAUUAACUCAAAAACAACACAGUAAAGUUACCAGCCCAUGUCGCAAGUUGAAGACGGGCUACAUGCGAGAGAGAAAAAAAAAACUACGACUUUCGCGGAAUCUGCCACCACAAGCGCUGAUCCCCCCGCCCCCCCCCCCAAUGCUUCCAAAAGCAUAUUACAUAUAA